AUUUUCUUUUACUUUUCAUUUCCAAAUGUUUAUACAGAGAAAGUAUCUUUUACUCGGUAUAGUGGCAUUGACUGUAGGUGCGUACCUACUUACCCUCUUUGGCCACUACAAGUCAGAUAUUAUCGGAGCCAUUCAGGAUGUCGCUAUUCAUAUGAGAAAGCAAAAGUAUAGUCCUGUAUUGAUGGCUACACUGGUCACUGUAACAGGUAUACCACCCAUCUUAGGCUUCACAUUUGCUGUCACCAUGACAGGAUUCAUCUAUGGAUUUCCCUAUGGUUGUCUUCCUGCCACAUUGGGUGCCUUUCUAAGUGCCAUUCUCACUUGCGGAUUAAUUAGGAAACUCGAUUGUGCCCGAUGGAUAAAGUUGUCAGAGAAACGACAAGAUAUGUAUCAAGCUAUGCAAGAUGCGAUUACGCAGGGCGGAUUCAAAAUGAUUUUACUUAUUCGCAUCUGUCCGUUACCAUGGCAACUGACCAACUUAAUUCUAUCUCUGGUCCCCACCGUAACAUGGAGAAGUUAUGUCAUUUCGGCAUUCAUUGCAUGUUUUAAAUUUAAUUUGGAUAUUUGGGUAGGCUCCCAAUUGGCUAAUUUAUCAGAUCCCGAUUUACCUCCCGAGACACAUCGAGUUACUCUCAUGUAUAUGUCCUUUGGUGUUGUGGUCUUGAUUUUGUCGGGCGUGUGGAUAUACAAAUUGACCAUGCUCAAGAUAAAAGAACAGCAAGAGAAAUUAAGGGCUUCACAAGAAGAAUGUCAAAGUUUGCUCGUGAAUACACUUCCAUCUAAAAACUAGAUAGCGCGUUCCGUGACCUUUUUUUUUUUUUGCUGUAUUUUUUACAAACAUAUAAAAAUUACCCACCGGAUCUAUAUACUUUU